UUAAGGCCUCUGUUGAUAAUCUAAACAAGUCUCUCUCUCCAUCACAGAGGAAAUACCAAUGAGCCCGCCAAAUCCACACACAGAGAGACUGACUCAUGAUCCUCUCUCUGUCUCCUCCUCCUAUGGCUGCUAGCUUCUGCGGUUGGACCCUUCAGCCACCGUCUCUCUCUAACUUUAGACGACCACCGGUCAGAUAUCCCUUCAUACGGUCUUCUUCUUCUUCUUCUUCAACCUCUUCCAAUGGCAAUCUUCCCAUCAAGAAAUCUUUCCCUGGGGAGCCUGAAGCAGAUGUUGUGGUAAUUGGAAGUGGGAUAGGAGGAUUGUGCUGUGGUGCAUUGUUAGCUAGAUACAAUCAAGAUGUGCUCGUCCUCGAGAGUCAUGACCUCCCCGGUGGCGCUGCUCACUCCUUUGAGAUCAAAGGUUACAAGUUUGACUCAGGUCCGUCUCUGUUUUCUGGAUUACAAUCACGAGGCCCUCAAGCAAACCCACUUGCUCAAGUUCUAGAUGCUUUAGGUGAAUCACUUCCAUGUGCCAAAUAUGAUUCUUGGAUGGUUUACUUACCAGAGGGAGAUUUCUUAUCACGCAUUGGCCCUACUGAUUUCUUCAAGGAUCUAGAGAAAUAUGCAGGACCUAACGCAGUGCAAGAGUGGGAGAAGCUUCUCGGAGCAAUACUUCCUCUGUCUUCUGCUGCUAUGGCAUUACCACCACUGUCUAUUCGCGGAGAUCUUGGUGUUCUGUCCACAGCUGCUGCUAGAUAUGCUCCUUCCCUCUUGAAAUCUUUCAUCAAAAUGGGUCCUCAAGGAGCUUUAGGAGCCACAAAGCUUCUCCGUCCAUUCUUGGAGAUCGUUGAUUCCUUGGAGUUGAAAGACCCUUUUAUAAGAAACUGGAUUGAUCUUCUGGCCUUCCUUCUCGCUGGCGUCAAAUCUGAUGGCAUUCUUUCAGCAGAAAUGAUCUACAUGUUUGCGGAAUGGUACAAACCAGCCUGCACACUGGAGUAUCCUAUUGAUGGUAGUGGAGCAGUGGUUGAAGCGCUUGUCCGUGGCUUGGAGAAGUUUGGUGGACGUUUGUCUCUCAAAAGCCAUGUGGAGAACAUUGUCAUUGAGAAUGGUAAAGCCGUUGGAGUCAAGCUAAGUAACGGUCAAUUUGUUCGAGCUAGAAAGGCUGUAGUAAGCAACGCAUCGAUGUGGGACACGUUAAAGCUUUUACCUCCAGGAGCUCUCCCAGAUUCAUACGUUACAGGUGUCAACACAACGCCUCAAUGUGAAUCAUUCAUGCAUCUUCACUUGGGAUUCGAUGCAAAGGAACAAGGAAUAGCAGAUGACCUUGAGAUUCAUCAUAUUGUUGUGAAUGAUUGGGAUCGUGGUGUGGAUGCUGACCAGAAUGUGGUUCUGAUCUCAGUCCCUAGCGUUCUUAGCCCCAACCUUGCACCACCGGGGAAACAUGUUCUCCACGCUUACAUGCCUGGAACCGAACCUUAUAGUCUCUGGGAAGGUCUUGACAGGAAAAGUGCUGAGUAUAAGGAUCUCAAAUCACAACGGUCCGAGGUGAUGUGGAAAGCGGUGGAGCGAGCGUUAGGGCCAGGGUUUAAGAGGGAGAAGUGCGAGGUGAGUUUGGUGGGAACGCCACUGACGCAUCAGAGGUUUCUGAGGAGGAAUAGAGGAACAUAUGGACCUGCUAUAGAGGCAGGGAAAGGUACGUUUCCUGGCCAUUCUACUCCCAUUCCGCAGCUCAUGUGUUGUGGUGACUCGACCUUUCCCGGGAUUGGUGUCCCUGCCGUGGCUGCUAGCGGUGCCAUUGUUGCCAAUUCGCUUGUCACAGUUUCUAAGCAUUCAGAGCUUCUUGAUGCCAUAGGCUUGUAGAUAUGUUUGUGUAUGUAUGUUUCUUCUACUAUUCACUUACUUUUCAUGUUUUUCUUUUACUCAUACUUCAAUACAGAAAAUGUUACUUUA